AUGAUAUACACGGAUAAAAGAUGUGUUCAGCCAAGCAAGGAAUUAGCUUAUUUAUCAUUUUUACCACUAUCUCAACCGGUCUCAUUCAAGUCAGAAAACGUAGGAAUUCAGACUGAUAAACAGGAUGUGAUUGACAUUUCUGAUGAUCAAGAAACAGUUGAAAAUUCAAAGGAUUCUCCGAUCUUAGUUUCGUCUGAUUCUUCCAGUAUUUCUGGUGAAGCAGAAAUGAUUGAUGACCCAUCCAUUAUUAAAAGUGAUGAGAACACAACAUCAGAUUCGAUAGAAGAGAUUUCCACGCCCGAUAAAUCGAACUCAAUACAUUCUGAUAAACGAGAAGACGAACCCAAGAUUUUACCUAUAAGUACCGAUCAGAUGGAAAGUACGAUUGAGGUUGGAAGACAACAGGAUGUCACCGAGUGCAUUGAAAAUGUUACGUUUCAAAUUGAAACUGCAUUAGAACCAGAAUCGUUAGAAGAUGACAAUGAACAAUAUGAUAUGAUCAAGGAAUUAUUCAGCGGUAAAACAAAGCAAACUAUAACCCCCUUAGACGCUCAAGGAAAGGAAAGAAUAUCGUAUGAAAGAUUUUUCAGUUUAAUUAUAAAUGUUAGUGAUCAUCCUAAGGAUAUAUACGACUCCUUGGAUAGUUAUUUCAGCGAGGAUACUGUAAAAUUAGAAGAAGGUCUAGUUAAGAAAUCAUUAACUAUUAGUCAAUUGCCUAAUGUUCUUCAAUUUCAUGUGCAAAGGGUUAUGUUUGAUAGAGAAAAACUCAUGGCUUAUAAAUCGAUCGAGCCAAUUCCGUUUGGUGAGAAUAUAUACCUUGACCGUUAUUUGGAUACUGAAGAUGAAGACAUAUUAAGAAAAAGAAGUGAAGUUUUCCAAUGGAAGUCUGAAAUCAAGCAGUUAAGAGCAAAGAAAGUUGAACUAUUACACAUUGAUGACACAACAAACUUAUCGAUUAUGGAUUCUUUGAUCGCCACUAAGAAAUUUUUAGAGGCAAAGGUGAUCACCCACGAAACAUUAAGCGUUAAAGCUGAAACCAUAGUAGCUCUCCAAGAGCAAAUUGACAAUUUAAAGCAAAAAUUAGAAACUAUAGAUACUGAUUUGCAAAGUUUAGGUGACAAAGUCUCCAACCAAUUUACCUCGUAUACUAAAGUUGGCUACUCAAUUUUCGCUAUUUUCAUUCAUAGAGGUGAAGCAAGUUAUGGUCACUAUUGGGUUUAUAUUAGAGACCCCAAGAAGAAUAUUUUUAGAAAGUACAAUGACGAGACAGUAACUGAAGUGCCCGCAUCUGAAGUAUUCAAUUUUGUAGAGGGGAAUACUGCUACCCCUUACUAUAUUGUUUAUGUUAAGGAUGAAUUGAAAGAGCAAUAUAUUGAGCCUCUUAAGAGAGUAAUUAAUAAAUGCUAG